AUGUCUCCAAUUGCAGUAGGUGCAAAUCCAAAGGUUGAAACGUGCUGUGCACACACAAAGGUGCCAGAAGCUCAUGUGACAAAAUCGUCACCAGUUGAAAACUUGGUGCUAACAACUUAUCCAGAGGACUCGAGCCCUAUUCCAUUGUCUUGGGGUGCUACUUCUCCAGAAGCCAGAGGUCCGGUCGUCGCUUCCAGAUACAGAAAUGGCUUGGCAAAGCAUAACACCAUUGGUGCCCAUGCCGGUUCGUACUGUGUUUACCACGCUUUGGCAGUCGGUUCUAAGCAGUUGGAUCCUAACCACGUUGCCGAUUACACUAACUCUCAACCGGCCUUCAGUAUUCCUGAAAACAAAUCGUGGUACAACGACAAGGACAUUGUCGCCAUGGACGCAUUCGGACAUCUAACUCCAUACUUGUUCGACGAGGUUUCCAAGGCUGAAGACGUCGAAAUUAGACCAACUAUUGCAAUCACCAAGGCUACUAUGCAGCUUAUUGAAAUGAAAGAAGCGGUUGCUGAAGGAAGGUUAAAGGUCGACGGAAACGUUGUCUUGAACGAAAACGGUGAUCUAAGCGUCUCAAAAGUUGCUGUUGAGCCUGUCUGGUAUUUGCCAGGUGUCGCCGAAAGAUUUGGCAUCACCGAGGAUGAAUUGAGAAAAGCUUUGUUUGAGGACACCAACGGUAUGUACCCUGAAUUGGUUACUAGACCAGAUAUCAAGACGUUUUUGCCACCAAUUGGCGGUCUAACCGUCUACAUUUUCGGUGAUCCAAAAUUCGUGUCCGACCCAUCCAAGAAACUAGCCCUAAGAGUUCACGAUGAGUGUAACGGCUCUGAUGUUUUUGGCUCUGAUAUUUGCACAUGUAGACCAUACUUGAUGUUUGGUAUUGAGGAAGCUGCCAAAGAAGCCCAAAAUGGUGGCUCAGGUGUUGUCAUCUACUUCAGAAAAGAGGGUCGUGCUUUAGGUGAAGUGACGAAGUACUUGGUGUACAAUGCUCGUAAGAGAGGAGGUGACACUGCUGCAGAGUACUUCCAUAGAACUGAAUGCAUUGCAGGUGUUAGAGAUAUGAGAUUCCAACAAUUAAUGCCAGAUGUUUUGAAGUGGCUAGGAAUUACAAAGAUUGACAGAAUGCUUUCUAUGUCUAACAUGAAGCACGAUGCUAUCGUCGAACAAGGUAUCCCAAUCAUUGAAAGAAUUCCAAUUCCUGAUGAACUUGUUCCUCCUGACUCCAGAGUUGAAAUUGAUGCUAAAAUCAAUUCUGGUUAUUUCACAACUGGUAAAGUGAUGUCCGCUGAGGAGUUGAAGAACGUUCAAGGAAGACAAUGGGACAACUUUGAAUAG